CACUCAUUUGAUGCAUGAAAAACAUAUUUUGUUUUGAGCCAUGACGUAGAGAAAUUGAAUGAGCUUGUUACAAUAAAACCUAAGUCUUUAGAAUACGUCUUCAAAACGCCAAUGUCGCCAUCUUUAGCAGCGUCAAUGCCUUUCUUGUGCUUUUUGUUUCUUCAAAGAACUUUUUCUAUCUCUUUGAAUCUUUUCAUUUUGUUCCAUGUUCCCGACGGUUUGUCAAUAUCAAAACCUAAACGGAAACAAACAUUGUCAUUAGCAAAAUGUCAAAGUGAAAAUGUUUUCCAACAUAUGGUGGUGAAAUUGGGCACAUCAAACUAAUGUGUCCGAAGCUCAAGAAUGAGAAGGACAAGAGGGCACCGAAGAAGCAACGUGCCUACAUUUCUUGGGAGAACGACGGCUCCGGGAGUUAAGACUCGGAAACGGAGGAAGUGGCCAACUUAUGUCUCAUGGCCAUUGAAGAUGGUGAAACAUCAAAAGAGGUAAGUGAUCAAGAACCUUCUCCCAAUGAUCCUUUAACUCUUAAUGAUGUUGUUUGCAUUGUAGAAGAUUUAGUAGGAAUGUUCAAAAAGGCUUCCAAAGAAAACAAUGAAAUAAAGCAAAAAAAUCCUGAUUUUUGAGAAUGAUAUCAAAGAACUCAAAAAUAUAAAUGAUAAACUUAAACAAGAAAUUAUCUCUUUUGGAAAAAGGCCACAAGAACCUUCAUCUACUUCAUCUACUACAUGCUCUAGUUGUACUUCAUUAAAAGAUAAAGUUGCUAGUUUAGAAAGCAAAUUGGGAAAGUUUAAUAAUGUUUCAAACACCUUAGAUAAAAUACUUAAGCAAAAAGUUAGUAAUGGUGAAGGACUUGGAUAUAAGAAAAACCAACCUAGAAAGACAACAUUUGUUAAAGCUAGGGGAAUAAAAAUGCUAGGAUAAAUAAUCAAACUAGAAGAGCACAUCCUAGCAAACCUAGAACUCAUUACACUCAACCAUAUAGGAUGAAUAAUCCAAAUGUUAUUUGCCACUAUUGCAAUAAGAUAGGUCGCAUUGCACCCGUGUGCUUCACCAAAAUUAGGCAUUUUCAACAAACGCACACACAUCGCACAUAUGCUAACCAAAAAGGACCCAACAAUACAUGGAACGCUUGUGUGACAAUAAGACUAUUCUUUGUGGUAGUAGAGUAGAUAACAUUUACAUGUUUGAUCUUGAAAAUUCCCCGUCUAUCUUAGCUAAGUGCCUCAUUACCAAAGAGGAAGAAACGUGGCUAUGGCAUCAUCAGAUAACUCACGUUAAUUUGGACCAUCUUAAUAAGUUGGUUUCUAAAGACUUAGUAAUUGGUGUUCCUAAACUUAAGUUUGAGAAGAAUCUAAUUUGUGAUGCAUGUCAAAAGGGGAAGCAAGUUCUUAUGAUGAUGAUGAAGAAAUCGUUAAGGAAAAGGAACCAGAAGAAGAUAAAACGCAGGAACAAACGGAGCUUCCUAAGGAAUGGAGAACAUUAAAGAAUCACCCGAUUGACAAUGUCAUUGGUGACAUAACGCAGGGAGUUUCUACUCGGAGAGUUUCUUCCACAUUCGGAAUGAACUUGGCAUUUUGGAUAUCUCUAUGAAUUAAUUCAUUCUUUUUAUUUAUGGUACUAAUUUGAGCGUCAGAGGCGCAAUAAUUCUUUUUUGCAGGGUAUAUUUUUCAGUGUUUCAGGGCAUUUUUCGAAACUGGAACAGAGGGGAUCGAUCUCCAUAAUUGGAUCAAUCACCCAAACCGAAGCUUUUUCAAGUUAAACUUGGCGGAUCGAUCCCGGCUAUAGGAUCGAUCCCGGCUAUAGGAUCGAUCCAUUGGGCCUUUCUUUUUCGCAGGUUUACUUCGGCGGAUCGAUCCAAACCAAUGGACCGAUCACUUGGACUAAUUUGCUGAAAUCUGGAUUCAGCCCAAACAUCAGAGGACCGAUCCAAUUUUGUGGAUCGAUCCAUGAAGCUGCUUGGUUUCUGGCUCUUAUUCGGCGGAUCGAUCCAAAAUGAAUGAUCGAUCACCUGGACUUAAACGGCGCAGGUACUCUUUUACAGAGGAUCGAUCUCCUUGGAUGGAUCGAUCACUUUGACUUACGGUAUAAAUAACCUCCCUUCUUCAUUUUUACCAUUUUUUCAUUCGUCUCUGUUAUCUGCUCUGUCUCUCUCUUUCGGCGACCAAGGUUCCUCGAUUCCCAGGUUUGUUUUUCGCCUCUUCUCUUCAAUUUCUUCCAAAUUAUUUGUUAAUUGUUGCAAAUUGAUGAUUAUUGUUGCUUAUUUGCUCGAUUACUUGAGAUUAAGUGCUUCUUCCUUUCUCUCUUAGGGUUUCUCGUUCUUCUCGUGCUCCAACCCUAGCCACCAUGUCGGAUCGUCGAGGCAGUAAACGUUUGCGCACAAAAUCUCAUGACGGUGAACCAUCAACCCCAAGAUGAACGAUUUGUCUCUUCAUUUGUCUUUCCGAGAGGUGAUUCUAAACGCCUUUUCUAUAGUGAUUUUUUGAAUCGCCCUAUUUUAUCACCGAAAUCUGUUCUUCAUUCCGUAUUUUGUCAUCUACCAUUCCAAGAUGCCACCAUUUUCAUUGAUAGACUUGGUGUUACUUCUUUUGUUCGUGAGAAUUUUCCUAUGUUUUGUCCGAAUCUAAUUCGGUUGUUCUAUACAAAUCUUACUUUCAACGGACGGGUCCUCAAAACCUCCGUUAAUGGCACCGACAUUGAGAUGACUCUCAAGGAUAUUGGUGAACUUUUUAAAUUUUCUUUUGAGAGUUGUGAUUUCCACAAGUUUGCAUCUAAGGAAUUCAAAACCUUUUCUUCUUAUGACACCAUUACCGAGGUGUGCCUUGAAAAAGUCCUUGGGCGUGAACGCCUAACCGUUGGAGGCCUUAAGCCUCAUUUUCGAAUUCUUCAUUACUUCAUUUCGAAAGUAUUAGCUCCUCGUAAGUCGAGCCAUUCCAAAAUAUUUUCAUCGGACACUCGUCUUCUCUUCGUGUUUUUGAACAAUAUCAAAAUUAAAUGGGCAAAAUUCUUUUGCAAUAACCUUAUUCUCAUGAAGUCAAAAGGGUCUCUUGGGUAUGUGUUCCCGAUCAUGAACAUUUUGAGAGCUUUUGAUGUGCCUUUAAAAGACAUCCACGUCCAAAAGAACCACACGUGGUACAUCGAUGUCGCAACCUUCAACCGCUCUAAUGUACCAAGGGCGUGCAAGAAGAAGAAGGUGAUGAAGAAGAAGGAGAAGAAGAGGGUGAAGAAGAACAUGACCCGGAGGGCGAACCGGCGCAUGUCCAAGAAGCCGCUCAAGUGGAAUCGACUCGGCAUUCCUCUCCUACUCGGGUGUCACGCUCUACUUCAUCGCGUCGCGCUGAUCGUUCCAUCCUUCAACGGAUUUUAGACGCCGUGACUUGUACUCGCACGGAUGUGGCGCAUACUCGCAUGGAAGUAACCAUGCAAGGCCAUCGUCUCUCACGGCUUGAGCAGGGAUGACGGAGAUAGAGCGACGACCAUAUUUCGGACCGCGUCACAGUUACAGUGGUGGAUCUAGACCGUCGAGCUCACUUUGACUUCUCUCUCUCUUUAUGUCAUGACUUAUUUAUAAUACAUUGUUAAAUGAUAU